GGAAUGUAAUGGAUUUCACGGGUUGCAUGAACAGCAGUAGUUGGUCAGUGUAAAAGCAGAGCAGUGCGAAGUGGUUGUGAAUCUUAUCCGUUCGUCUCUGUUGGCUUUGAACGUUCGAGGUCAAAGUUCUCCUAUACAGGCCAGCGUUGCGUUUUUGGUGCCGUUUCAUUGGCCUGCAUCGCCUUCUGCGGAUCAAUACAUUACCGAGUUGGAGGACUGCGUCAUUCGGCACUAAAGAUGUUCCGUCGUACAUUGACGGUGUCCUAUUCACCGCUUCGGAAUAACUACGUUACCCUGCCUGAUAAUUAUUUUCGGAUGCUGUCCAGCUAUAAAAACGGCUGUUUGAGCAUAACGCGUGGUAUCGACACACACUACAUGUCUUGGUCGCCGUACGGGGGCGGUGGCUACCAGGAUAACCGGAUUGGCAUCAACGCCCAGGUUGCCAGUUCGAUGGGCCUCCGGGAGGGUGACAUGAUCAUGGUGGCCCUGAUUAUGGAGGUUCGCUCGUUGAAGACGGUGGAGGUAACGGCAGUCUCGGAGCAAGAUUGGAAUAUACUCAAUGCCAGUAGUAAUCGUAUUCAAUCGAUUCUACUAGAUCAAACAAGGGUCGUUACAAAGGGUCAGAUUCUGGUUGUUUGGAUAAACGAUUCCAUUACGGUCAAAAUAAAAAUAAAAUUCACCAUCCCGCCCCUGCCGUUUGGUCGACUGGAGAAUGACACCGAAUUGGUUGUGGAACCAUACAAGAAACUACCGAAAAAAGAACCGGAUCAACCUGCGGCGCUGGUACGUAGCAAUACCAACCUGAACAUAGCCGAGUUGGUUCGCCAGCGGAAUCAACAGCGCGCAAAGAUGAAGGAACUUGAAAAUGGAUCCAAUGAUAGUUUCGUUAAUUCGGCUGGACUAAUAACGCCAUCGGUGUCGGAUCCUGCAGCUGCAAAAAAGCGACCGCUUACAUGGCACCGCAAUGGCAUUGGACUGGAAAAUGGUAUCAAUGGGGAACACAACGACAGCAAUAAGCCAAAAUCUAAGCCAAAAGAAAAAGAGAAAAAUGUUUUGAAGCGUAGCUCAACGGCUGGUGGAGCAACCAACGGCACUGGAAUUGCUGGCAAAGCACAGACAGCUGUUCGGAACUCACUUUUUGAAAACGAUCUCGAGAGGCACUUGAAUAAACUGCAAACAAGCAAAUCGAUGGCCAAUUUUCUAAGCGAGCAGAAUGCUGAGGAGGACGUGAAACAUGUUGAAAAUAACUGCACGAAUAAAAGUCAGUAUCUGGAUGAAUUGGUCGCGAUACUGACACGUGAAGCGCCGAAAAUGCACGAAUUUCGAGUAAUUCAAGGAGUUUGGAAUAAUAGGCGAAACAAUUCGCAAAUUUGCGACAUCUACAUUACCAAAGAAAAUAUCCCGCAGGGUAUGGAUAUUAAUUUGCCUUUUCUGCUAACAACGAAUGACGACCGGGAGUACUACGUCAACGUUCGCAUGGCGUCGGACGGAGAGCGCUUUCCACGGAAUGCCUAUCCGACGGUGGAAAUUAACGAUAAGCUGAUGGCUCAAUUGGAAAUAAAUCAUGGCGAGAAGGUGACACUGAAAGCGAAACAAAAUGCGCUGAAUAUUGUUGAUAUGAUUGAACUACAGCCGGCAACCAAAGUGGCACCGAAAGUCGAGGCAGAUAUCGUGGAGAAGUUCAAGGAAUUCAUCCUGUUCAACUCCAAAGUGCACCCAGUGCUACUAAACCAAGGUCAAGUUUUUAAACUGCCUGAGUACUAUUUGACCAUCAAGUUACAGCCGGCCAACUUGAAGUACUGCCUGGUGAAUGGGGUCAUUCUCAGACAGAGCAAAGUGACUUGCUCUGGAGAAGUGAAACCCCUAGAAGCGUUUGUUUCCGCUGAAGGAGAAGAAAAGAAAGUUAAGCCGGUAGAUUCGGCAGUAAAGGCUUCGAAAUCGGUCAAAAUUGAAAAGCUACAGCAAAUUGUGGACGAAUGUGUCGAUCAGCUGAAGCUGAAUCUGUGCCUGGACGGCAGAAGUUCAGUCAGAAAAAGUUACAACGUACUGAUUGCUGGUCCCGAUCAAAGCGGUAAAAAGACCGUUUGCCAAGCGGUGUUGAACCGCCUGGCGGAAGCUCCGUUCCAUUGUUUUACAACGACAUUUAACUGUUCUAAGCACAAAGGCCGCAAGCCGGAUGCUAUCCAGAAAGACUUGCGUCACAGUUUCUAUCUGUGCAUGUUUCACAGUCCCGCUGUGAUAUACUUGGAAGGACUGGACGUACUGUCGCAUCAGGCCGGCGAGCAGAACACGCAGGAUGCUGAGUACCACAAUAAAGUUUCAGAUAUGUUUCGUAAACAAAUUGAAGAAUUCACAAGCAAUAACGCCAUAUCCGUGAUCGCAUCGAUAGGCAGCGUUAGUAAUCUAAACCGGAGGUUGUACUCCUCUCGUGGGUUUCAUCUGUUCCACCACAUUCGACGGCUGCCAAAUCUAGACAAGACUGACAGAGAGAGUGCAUUGAAAAGCCUAUUCGUGACCAAGCAAUGCAAGCUGGAGCGAACAAUCAACUGGAAACGGCUGGCCAACGCAACCGAAGGUUACACCAUCGGUAGUUUGGUACAGAUGGUGGAUCGCGCUGUGUUUUACGCUUUCAAACAUAACUUCAAGUUCCCACUAAUCACGGAAAAAAUGAUCAACAACGCACUGGACGUUACCAAUUCGUACUGUCUGCAGGGGAUUGAAAAUCACAAACAAUCGGAAGAUGUGGAACCGGAUGACGAUGUUCCGGGUGAUCGCGUUCCAGGGUUGGAAAAUGCCAUCGAAGUGUUCCAAGAGGUGCUGAUGUGGCCCAGCAAGUUUCCGAAAAUUUUCGAAAAUUCACCCCUUCGAAAUCAAGCUGGCAUACUGCUGUUUGGGCCGCCGGGAACCGGCAAAACUUACUUGGUUGCUAAAUUGGCUAAAACCUGGAACCUGCGCAUGAUUUCGGUAAAAGGUCCCGAACUGCUGGCAAAAUAUAUCGGUCAAAGCGAAGAGAAUGUGCGAAAUCUUUUCGAUCGGGCACGAAGUGCCAAACCGUGUGUGCUGUUUUUUGAUGAAUUUGACAGUUUGGCACCUCGGAGAGGUCACGAUUCGACAGGUGUUACGGAUCGCGUUGUAAAUCAACUGCUAACGGAGCUUGAUGGCGUGGAAGGUUUGCAGGGCGUAACGGUAAUCGGAGCUAGCUCGCGUCCGGAGCUGCUCGAUCCCGCUUUGCUGCGGUCCGGAAGAAUUGAUCGAUUGGUUGAAUGUAGCAUACCAGAUGAGAAAUCACGUCUGGCUAUUUUCAAAAACCACAGUCGUUCUUUAAACCUGGCAGCCGAUGUGCAGCUGAACUAUUUUGCGAAAAAAUCCAACGGCCACACCGGGGCGGAUAUACAAAGCAUUUUAACAACGGCCAACAUGUUGGCAGUUCAAGAAUGCUUAAGCAAUGCUGCAGAUGAUGAGCAUGUUCCGGAGGAGAUAACCAUUUACCAGCGGCAUCUUUUGGAGGCUUUCACCAGCACGCGGCCCUCUUUGAGUCCGCAGGAUGUACAAAAGUACAAGGACACCUACGCACGAUUCACGAACAGAGAACCCCCCUCGAGGGAUUUCGUUGCGAAGCGGGCCACGCUGGCGUAAGAUGGGUUUGGACUAUUUAGUUGGUUUGGUUUUUUAUCAGCUGCGGUGAUAUUGUUGCUUAGGUUUAGAAUGAGAAGGUAUAAA